UCAAAUCAGCAGCUCCCUUGCUGAGGUGCCCCUGCCCGAAUGAAUCACAGACAUCCCUUGACUAUUGCUGAUGGAAGAAAUCUUGCUGGAAGGGAAUCAUUAAGAGCCCUGCUAACAGAGUACAGUUGUUGGGAGAUGCUGUGAUUAACAUGCCGUGAAUCUGCCACAGUCCGAGCUGCAACAUGUCUACCACAAAAGCAGGUGAUACGGAUGAGGUUUUUGAUUUUAAUGAGGUGAUACCAGAGACUGAAAGACUUGACAGCAGCUUGCAGAAGGCUCGAGCCCAGCUCUCUGUUAAGGCAAGACGACAGCGGCCAUCUAGAUCUCGACUACGUGAUAGCAUAAGCUCCACAGAAGGAGAUGACAGCCUGGAAAGAAAGGCAACAGAUAGCUAUGGAAGCCCACUGCACAGUAUGAGAUCUCCUUUACAUUCUUCACUGCGGGGCUCCUCUCCUUCUUCAGAAUCUGCUAUAUCUUCAGCUUCUCCCUCACAUCGAGCCUCGUCCUUCUCAUUCGAUGUUAACAUAGUGAGGAGGACAUUUGAAGAAGGAGAGCAGGCAUCAAUGGCAAUGACACGUUACCAGACUCUGACUAAUGCUUCCUCCCAGGAAGCACUGGGCUUGACUCCCACCAGUUCUCCUUCCAAAUCCUGCCACAGCUCUGACACCUCUCCAGUUCACAUGAGGAGAGAGAGAAGAACAGAAAAGCACAGUGAAGGUUCAGAGGAGAGUAAAGAAACAAGUCCAGCAGAACCAGCUAGCCCCACAGUCGGCCUCGACAGAAAGGCAAGGCGGAAACUUUUGGACCUUGGGGUACAGUUACGAAGAUCUUCGUCCACAAAAGGAAGAAAAGCAGAGAAGGCAGCUAACAGACUGUCUACUGGUAGCAGGGAUUCUUUUGAAGGUCCAAUCAGUAUUCUAGCCUCUGCCAAGUCUGCAGUGCCACAGUUUGUGCCUUUCUCAUGGUUCACAGACAGCAGCAAAGGAUCAACGUCCUCCAGUGGUACAAUGUCACCCACCUGCUCUCCGAGGAUGUCCUCCCAGGGACUCGUCCCAAAAAAGUCAGCUUCCCAGGAAUCCACACUGAGUGAAGACUCCAGCCCAAGAAGUGGAAGCCCCAGAAUUUUAAGUAGUUCAGCUGCUGAAUCACGAGCGACACCUACUUUGUCCCUGUCUUCUGAUGAAUUUCUUGAUGAAGGACAGCCCUAUUGCCUUGUUUCAACUUGGACAACUCAGCAAGUCUGCCAGUGGCUGAUUGGGUUGAACAUGGACCACUACGUAUCAGAAUUCACUGCUGGCAAUGUUGAUGGUGAACAAUUAUUGCACUUGGAUGGAAGUAAACUGAAGGCUUUGGGAGUCGUCAACUCACAGGACCGAGCCACGAUCAAAAAGAAAAUUAAAGACAUGAAUGCAGCAGUCGAAAAAGAAAGGAAAGCCUUGGAGAAACUGGAAAAACAGAAGGAGAAACAAAAGAAAAAGGAACAGGAACAGUUGCAGAAAAAGAGCUAAGCUGGGAAGAAUGACCACGUGUAAGCACAUCUAAACAUUUGUCUCCAGUUCUUCAGAGAUUAAAACAUGAGCAGCAAGAAGAAAUGCAAGGAGUCAAUAGAUCAGACUGGACAUUGUAUGACAGAUCUGUUUGUGGGAUUUGUGAAGCACAGUUCAACUUCACACUUGGACAGUUCAGGUCUGUAAUGGCAACCUCUAGUGUUAAAAAGAAGUAAUAUUUCACAACGCAGGCAGACUUUCCUUAGUCAAUGGAUUACCAUGGAAAAUCAUGCUGCAUUUACUAAUAACUGAAUCCAUACUGGGUCAGAUACUGAGGAAGUCAGGAUAAUCUAUUGUUAAAAAAAAAUAGACCUACCCUCUGAGAAUAGAAUGUUCCCAAGUUUUUAAGUCACUGACAGGAGUUAUUCUGUGUGUAUUGGUAGCACUGAUUACUUUAAAACUAAGGGAAAUGGAGAAGAAUAUGAAAAAUGGCCCUUAAAAUAUGGGAGAAACUAAAUUUUGUUAUACCUUUAAACUGUCAAAAAAAAUGCUUUCUAAUGAUUAAAGCAGCUAUCAGAAGGAAAAAAUAGAACUGAGGAUUAAUGUGCCUGUGUUUGAAAUAUUACAGCUGUUAAUGCACAAUUUUUUCAAAACCUGAAUUCUUCCACAAUCUAGGUUGUAAAGAGGGCCUCAGUUGAUUGAGUGAGUUUGCCAGCAAUUGUGCUGCGAUGGCAGAAAAACUUUGCAUAAAUGUAUGGAUGGAAUGUAUGUAAUGUGAAUUGGGAUUGAAGAAAAGGAGCUAGACAAUGGGACGCACUUGGUAUCUUGCCAUUUAUUGAGCAAUGUCUUCCUGUAAUAGACUGUCCUGGAGAGUAUGAUACAGUAUAAUAGAGAUAAACUGUGCGUUUUCAGAUGAUCUCGUUCUGUGCGUGUAGUUGUACAAAAUA